UUGGAUGGACCACGACUUUGUACCUGCUCCUCCGGAGAAGCAGCCGCACAGGGCUCCAGGCCCAGGCCCCAGAACUCCCUUCUCUCGAAGCCACAUGCUGGGCCGCCAUACCCACCAAAAGCCUCCUGGAGAUGUGUCCCCCCUCAUCCCUGUCAUCAAGAAGAGUGUCCAUUUGGAUGCCUUCCCCCAGAGCAAUGUCCCACAGAAGUCUAACCAACCAAGCACUAGAUCCAGGGCCUGGAGUAUGUCCCAACAUGGCACUUCCACGGGGCCCCUGAGUUCUCUGCCUCCCAAUAGCUGUAUGCCCAGGAAACUCAGCUCUGUUUCCUUAAUGAUUCGCCAGAAUGUCCAGACAGGAUCCCGAGAGGCCUCGGUUCCUCACUGGGAAGAGAUGUCCAAUGUGGGUAAGGAGGCUGCCUCCCAGAGAGAAGGGAAGCUGUGCUCGUUAAGGUCGCCACUCGUGAACCAGGUGUCAGAGGUCGGGACCUCCUCUGGAGGCCAUGAGAACCCAGACCUUACCAAACCCAACAGGACACCCCCAGGGGAGAAGCCCCUGGUGUCUUCAUGUCUGGCUUUACCGUUCCCAGCUCGGGUCACUCAGAGUUCAUCAAGCCUUCCAGGGGCAGGCCCUGUGGGGCAAAUCUACACCAGAAUCUCCCCAGGAAGAGGCAAGCCCAGGCCCAGGGGUAUUCCCAGGUCCCGAGCAAACCUCCAGAGGGCCACCCCUGCUACAGGUUUAUCAUCCGUGGGCAGAAACUUAGGCACAGCGGCCAUCCACAGACCUGAGUUAGCUUUCAGCAUGUCUCCACCGAGCCCACCCAGACUGGGCAGAGGCACAGAGCUUCCUAUUCUAGAUGCCAAGAUGCACGCGGUCAUGGACAUACCUACAGCAUCCAAGUCAAGAAAAGCCACCGACUCGGUUAUAGCAGGCCGGCCCAGGUUAGGCACAGCCACAAACCUAACUAGAGCCGGGACAACCAAGCCAGGCCAGGUUAUGAGUUUGGUAACUUCAGACUCCGACAACCUGGAAAAUGUCAUGCUUACAGCCACGGAGGGCUCAAGCCCAGCUUUGUCACUAUCAGAUGAGGUCAAUCUUGGCAUCACCAGGUUGGACAGAGUCACAGAUUUGGCUGGAGGCAAUGUAGGCAAGCUGGACACAACCACACAUUCUCCUGCGUCGGACCCCAGCAGACUGGGCAGGGCUGUGGAUUCAGCUGUGUUGCUCUGCCCAGACACAGCCACUGGGGAGACCAACCUAGAUGCUGUCAGUAAUCUGACCAUCCCAGGCACUGCCACCUACCUUCUAAUGCCAAGCAGAAGCACAGACCUAGCCCAGGACUAUGCCACUGUGGACGGUGUCACAGACAGUGCCAUGGAGCCUGUCUGGCUGGACCUGGCUGGAGAACACAGAGGGCUCCCAGAGGCCAGGACGGACACAGCCAUGUCAGAGCUGGUACCUGAGCCCAGGCCUAAGCCGGUGGUGCCCAUGAAGCCGGUCAGCAUCAACUCCAACCUGCUAGGCUACAUCGGCAUCGACACCAUUAUCGAACAGAUGCGCAAGAAGACCAUGAAGACUGGUUUUGACUUCAACAUCAUGGUGGUUGGCCAGAGUGGGCUAGGCAAAUCAACGCUGGUCAACACGCUGUUCAAGUCCCAAGUGAGUCGGAAGGCCUCCAGCUGGAACCGGGAGGAGAAGAUCCCCAAGACGGUGGAGAUCAAGGCGAUUGGGCAUGUGAUAGAGGAAGGCGGAGUCAAAAUGAAGCUGACAGUCAUUGACACGCCGGGCUUCGGAGACCAGAUCAACAAUGAGAACUGCUGGGAGCCCAUUGAGAAAUACAUCAACGAGCAGUAUGAGAAGUUCCUGAAGGAAGAGGUGAACAUUGCCAGGAAGAAACGCAUCCCCGACACGCGUGUCCACUGCUGCCUCUACUUCAUCUCCCCCACGGGACACUCCUUGCGACCUCUUGACCUUGAGUUCAUGAAACACCUCAGCAAAGUGGUGAACAUCAUCCCUGUGAUUGCCAAGGCCGACACCAUGACCCUGGAGGAGAAAUCUGAAUUCAAGCAGAGGGUUCGCAAGGAGCUUGAAGUAAACGGCAUUGAAUUCUACCCUCAGAAAGAGUUUGAUGAGGAUUUGGAGGACAAGACAGAGAACGACAAGAUCCGGCAGGAGAGCAUGCCCUUCGCCGUGGUGGGGAGCGACAAGGAGUACCAAGUGAACGGCAAGAGGGUCCUCGGGAGAAAAACACCCUGGGGGAUCAUUGAAGUGGAAAAUCUCAACCACUGUGAGUUUGCCCUGCUUCGAGACUUCGUCAUCAGGACUCACCUGCAGGACCUCAAAGAAGUAACACACAACAUCCACUAUGAGACUUACAGGGCCAAGAGGCUCAACGACAACGGGGGCCUCCCUCCGGGAGAAGGCCUCCUGGGCACUGCCCUUCCACCCGUGCUGGCCACCCCCUGCCCCACUGCUGAGUGAGUGACGGCCAUUUCAAGCGCUGCUUCUCCCUCAUUGCUCCCAGCUGUCAUUGCUGCAGGGCCAAGCCCCCUUUAGUGCUGUGCUUGUCCAGCCUACCACCUCAGCCCCUCUCAGCCCUCAGCAGGUGGGAGGGGCUAGCUGCCUCUUUAGGAUGGUUGCUUCCUGUUCAGCCUAACUACUCCUCUCCUCCCAAUGGAUCGGAGCCCCCCCACACCCCACCCCCGGCACUGCCCUGCUCUAUCCUCUGUGUCAGCAACCCCAGCCCACGUGUAGGGCGAAGGGACUCACCAAGAGCUUCUCCUGCCCUUGCAAGCCCAUGCCAUCGACUUGUAACCAUCUCCAGGGGACCCGACAUUGCUCCCUAGCCAUUCAUCUGCAUGAGUACUUUCUUGGCUCCCUUAAGCGGUCAAGAAAGCAACUUUUCUGCUUGUCAGAGUUGCUGAGGUCAGCCAUGUGUGCCCCCCACCCCACCUGUGUGGGACAAGGGUGUCUCCUUCAUUGCUUAAAGGUAUUUAUAAGGGUGAUUCGUUAUGUAUGUUGGGGAGCAAGAGGGCUAGAGUCGCUUAAAAAAAAAUCAUUGCUGGUGGCUGGCCCAGUGAGUAAUGUGUGUAAACAACCUGUCUCCCACCCCCACACCAAAAUAGGGCCACUUGGGAAGUAUUUUUCCUGAAGAGAGGUUGCUGAAGUUGACUUCCUUAUUUAUCUUCAAACUUAAAAAAAAAAAAAAAAAAAAAGGAAGUCAAUUGAACACACACACGAACCACCCCAAACCCACAGCUAUACACUCUAGGGAGAAAAAUAGCACCCUUUUGUACAUUUAGCAAUAAGAGGGAUCUCUUCCCACCUACCCUGACUAUCCCUCCCCCCCCCCCCCGUUAAUGUGAGCAAUGCAUUAGCCUGGCCACAGGUGGUCACUGCAGGCUAAUGGAAAAUACCCACUGGAGGGCAAAGCCCCCCUUCAGUUGCAUGAAUGUUUGCGAGUGUGCCACUGCCCACAUACUGUGUCUUUACAGAGCCCCCCCUCAGCUGCCCUGCCCACCAUCUCCACCUGGACACAACUUGCUCAAAAGCUGGUGACUUGUGGGCCCUUCAUCU